GCCUCAAUGUCUCAAACUUCGAUCGAUUUGCAGAGUGAGGUGAAUUUAGCAGUUGAUCUUCUACACAAACUGAAGCACAAUAACGAACUCAAUCCGGCUAAGGCAGAUGCGCUAAUUUCUGUUCUAGAGAGUCCCUUUUUCAAUGCAGUCAGAGAAGUUUAUGAGCACGUUUACCAGACAGUUGAAGUGCAGGGCAACGAGGAAAUCCGGGCAAAUGCCACAGCUAAAGCGACAGUGGCCGCCUUUGCAGCCAGUGAGGGCCAUGCCCACCCGAGAGUGGUGCAGCUGCCAGUGACAGAAGAGGGAUUUGGAUUCAACAUCAUGGGCGGCAAGGAGCAGAACUCUCCUAUAUACAUCAGCAGGAUAAUCCCGAAUGGAGUGGCUGCCAGAGUUGGUGGAUUGAGAAGAGGCGAUCAGUUGCUAAGUGUUAAUGGAGUUUCAGUGGAAGGAGAAAGUCACACAGCGGCUGUCCAAUUGCUGAAAGACGCUUCAGGAGUUGUAAAGUUGAUAGUGCGAUACACUCCUCGAGUGCUGGAAGACAUGGAGGCUAGAUUUGAGAAACAGAGACAGAGGGCGGCACAUCAGCAGACACUUCAACAGCAGCAGCAGGGAUCGCUCGGAAGAAACUCCAUGCCCAGGAAUAAGGGACGAUAGAAAAAUAACGUUUUUUUUUUUUAAAAAAGGAAAUUCUGAAGAAAUAUAGCGUGAAACUCGUCGGAUCUUAUGAAGGUGAAAAAUCGAACAGGAGAAACAAACCGUGGAUCUUCACCUUCACCUAUUCCUUUUUUUCGAUUCUUUUUUGAUAGUUAAACGAAAAUGCAGUGAUUAAUCUUGGAUACUUUGAAUCAUGUAAAAUAAUCGGGAGGGGGCGAUAAAGUGUUUGUUGUCCUUGACUUUCUUCAAUUUCAUUUAUGCGCAUGUGUUCUGCGUUUUUCUUUUUAGAAAAUGAUGAUUUAUUGGUUGAGAAUCAAAAUAAUUACAAAUGUUCGGCGUUAUAGAAUUUAGAGUUACGUUACAUAUGUUAAUUUAUGCGCGACAUACCAAGCGAUCCAAAAAACUUAACAUACAUGACUAUCCAAGAAAACU